GUAUUUUUGUAAUCUUACAAAAUAGUUUCGAAAAUACGAUUUCAAGAAAUAUCCGUUGUCUGUAAGUGGAAACAACGAAAAACGGUUUUGAAAAAAAAAAAAAAAAACUUUAACUUCUCUCUUCCUUUUUUUUUUCUUCACUUGUUUCAAAAUUCGAAUUUUCUCUUUGAUUUUUCUUUUCUCUUUAUCUAUUCUCGUUGUUUUGAAAGAAAAGAAAAGAAAUGUUUGAGCCUCAACGUUUCGUAAAUUUACAAGAGAAUUCGAAUUUCGGAGACCCCAAAUCCUUUCUUUCAGGUGAUAAUCGCAACAUCAUGAACGGCAACUCCUCCCCGACUCACCUUCCAGCUCACUCUUCACUCACUUACUCUAACGCCAAUCUGGAUCGCGUCCUCUACAACGAUCUCGUCGAAAUGAUCCCUCUUGUUCAAUCCCUCAUCGAGAGGAAACCAAGUAGUUCAUUUACAAGGCGUGGUUCGAUGAUAUACACCAAGACCCCUUCAAGGGAAUCCUUAUCUGGAAAUGUUACCGAUAUGAAAGGGAGGAAUGGAGCUCAGUCAAUUCCAAUGAGAAAGAAAAAAGAUAAAGUCGACAAGAAUGGUAGUAAUAAUCAAGAUGGUGACGACUGCUCAAUAUUUUCCUCAGAGGCUUUGGCAACAGAAAAAGAGAAUGAAGAGUUAAUUUCAUUGAGGAAACAAGUGGAGGAUCUGCAAAAGAAGUUGCUAGAGAAAGAUGAACUUUUGAAAUCAGCAGAGCUUUCAAAGAACCAGAUCAAUGAUGUUCGUGCUGAACUUGGUAAAUUGAAGCGAGAUGCUGCAGAAAAGGACUCUUUAAUCAAGUCUAUUCAGUUGCAACUCUCUGAUGCCAAGAUUAAACUUGCAGACAAGCAGGCUGGCCUGGAAAAGACACAGUGGGAAGCAAUGACAUCGAAGCAAAAGGUGGAGGAGCUGCAAAAUAAUAUUGAUUCCAUGCAAGGAGAAUUUUCAUCAUUUAUGCUGUUGUUAAAUGGUUUAACAAAGAAUAAUCCCACUACACAUGCUGAUGAUUAUGAUUUAGAACCAUACCCUUUGGAUCCUCUCCCUUGUAUGGAUGAUGUAAAUGACGAGGAGCUGCAGAAAAUGGAAGAAGCAAGGCAAGCUUAUGUUGCUGCUGUUGCUGCUACAAAAGAGAAGCAAGAUGAAGAAUCCCUUGCUGCUGCAGCUAGUGCAAGGUUAUAUCUUCAAUCAUUUCUUUUCAGAUCAGAAAGUAUGGAAUAAAGCAAUAUAAGAAUUGAAGUAGGCUUGGCAACCUGUGUAUACGUGUCACGUUCGGUGUUUUGUUUUGUGUAAGCUGUGUAAACACAAACGCAACACAACACAACACAACACAAAUGUGUAUUAAACAUGUUGGUGUCCAUUGCGUUACUAGUGCAUAAAUUUCUCGGGUUGUGCUGUGUUUAUUACACAGGUUUCAUGUUUUACUAAACGUGUAGUGUUCGAAAUUGUCUGAUCUUAGCUUGAAGCAUUCCGCACAAGCUCAUUUAUGUAUUAGCACUAUUUGUUUCAUACUGUAGGCGUUUAUUUACUGUAUCUGAUCUCCUUCACUCUCACCCGUCUUUCUUUUUUAUUAUUUCCAUGUUUAUUAUAUGACAAUACCUGCCGGGUAUUAUCCGCUUUGACUCA